AACAAGCUGGCUGGCGAGCUGCGCUGUUGCUUUCUUUCUUGGAUUGCGAGUCCUGCUUGGUGCAGGUCGUUGGAGUGCCGUCAUUCUACGCUUGGGCAGCGUCUUUGGCUUCGGCCCUGGCCCGGAGAUCAUGAAGUACAACGAGCGCGAGCUUCGGCUGUACGGCACUGCCAACGUCGGCAAUGUUGACCAGGAAGGCUAUCUCUGGAAGCGCGGCGAGCGGGCACGAGAUGGUUACCGGAAGCGAUGGUUUGUCCUCAAGGGCAAUUUCCUGUUUUACUUUCGAUCCCCAGACGCCGGGCUGGAGCCACUCGGUUGCAUUGUGUUGGAGCGUGUAUCUGUAGUGAAUGACAGACACGCAGACAACACGCAGCGGUAUUGCUUCCGGCUUGAGUUUGACAGCCCCGAGGCGCGCGUGUACUUCUUGUCCGCGUCAUCCUCUGAAAUGCGCAAAGUGUGGGUGGAGAAGCUGCGACAGGCAAGCUUUGAACACCUUCGAAACACACUCAUCACACUGCAGAAACGCCUCAUCGACCUCACAGGCAGAAAUCCGCUGUCAGAGUCGUUUUGCCAGUGUUUGACGCCAGACGUCGCAGCACCAGAGCCGACACGCCGGCUGUUCAACAUGACUGUGAGCGACAUGUCGACGUCAGCGGAUGCGGGCGAGGGCACGCGGGACACACGCGCAGCGACGAGCGCGAGCAUGGGAUAUGACGGCGAAGUCGACGUCUCAUUCGUCAUGAUCAUCGAGUGCUACGGGCUGCCGAUGCUGGCGCGUGCAAACAGCCGCAAGCGGAUGUUUCCGACCACGUUUGUGACUGUCCAGCGACGCGACGGCGACGAGUGGAUUCCGCUCGGGCGCACGGAGGUCAUUGAGGAGACGACCAUCCCCAAGUUCAAGGACCCCGUGUCGUUGAGCCCGCAGGAGCUGCAGACCACGUCGCAGCUGCGCCUACAGGUGUACAACCAGGUUCCCUUUGUGCCCGAGAACGGCAGCGCGGUUGCCUCGCUCGUGCAGGCGUUCAUGGGCCCCAUGACGUCGCCAAACCAGCCGACGGAGGAGGAGGAGGACGUGUUGGCGCGCGCCAUCACCAACGCAGGCGACAUUGACCCCGCCAUGAUCGUGGCCGCCAUCCGCGAAUCACACAAGAAGAAGGCAACUGCUGCAGCCAACACCACCACCACCACCACCACUGCAGCCAGCGCCGCUGACACGUCCACAUCCACGGCUGCGCCAAGUGCAGACACGGACGAUGCAGCAGCCACUUCGGCAGCAGAGACGCCACCAACAGCAGCACCGACGACUGCAGGAACAGACACGCCAGCAACGGGCGAGAACGGCGUGUCGACAGGUGGUGGUGAUGCCAGUCAUGGUAACGAUGACGACAAGCAGUCGACCACUGCGAGCACGGGCAGCAGCAGCAGUGCCCCGGCAGGGCGGUCCACAGCACGCAAGACGCUGAGUGGCCUCUUCAGCCGCCGCCGCAACAAGCAGUCAGCCACCAAGACAGCAGGCGCUAGCACCAGCAGUGGCAGCGCUGCCAACGCGGGCAGCGGUGACACGGGCUGCUCAUCAACAACAGCAACAGCAACAGCAACAGCAACAGCAACAGCGAGCACUUCGGCCACACCGUCGCUGUCGCCUGCGGCAGAGGAAGCGCUGGCACGCAUGGCCAUGGCGAGUGAUGAGUCGUCCGAAUCGAGUGGGGCGGAGAGCAGUGCACCUGCAGACCCAAUGCGAAACCCACAGCCACUUCGCCUCUCGCGCGAUCGCAGCGACACGCUGGACAAUGACGAUGAUGAUGAUGAUGACGACGUGAGCCUUGCGUCUAGUAUCGAGCUGUCGGACACAAACCCGUUCAAGGAAGACAUCUUCAACUCUGUGCCAAACUCAAUGGCCAUGGCAGAGCCCGGGGGCCCACCGCCGCAGCUGCUUGGGAGCUUGGAGCUGACGGUGGACGAUGUGCUGUCGUCGUGCGAGACGGGCCAGCCCAUCACCUCUGACGUGACGUUCACCACCGCUGAUGGCGACGUGGCCAGCGGUGCCAUCAAGAUCAACUGCAGACGCACCACCGUCAAGUUCCUGAAAACGCCGCGGAUGGAGGAUGCGCCCUUUGAAGAUGAUGAGGAGGAGGAAGAGGAGGACGAGACCUCGAGCAUUUCGUCUCUGAUUGUGCGCGAUCCCGUGGCUUUGAUCGACGAAGCGUAUGAGGACACAUACGCAACCACACACAACGUCACAGACGGGACUAUCAACGUGCAGGAGAUUAUGCGGGAGUCGCCGUAUUUCCGGGCCAUCCCGAUGCAGCUGAUCCAGCGGUACAUGGAGGAGGACAGGAAGCACCUCGAGGCCCUCGACCAGAUUGAGCUCGUCGGACCCCUCCAGACAGUGAAGCGAAAGCUGUAUGACCGGGUGUUUCAGCGGCGCCAGCGCUAUGUGCAGCACCAGUCUGAGGUGGACGGGUACACACGCACGUUCAAGCCGAGUCGGCUGAAGAAGCACCAGCACCUGGAGAUGAUUGCCACCAACCUGCACUCGCAGCUGCUGCGGGUUGAGGACCACACAGGCCAGGUGCACACGUACGAGACGCUGACGCUCGGCUGCCCCGCUGCACACAGCAUUGGCUUCAAGAGCGGUGGCCUCGGCGCACUCAAACGAGAGAUGAACCAGAUGCGACCGAAGCGAACAAUUGACGUUGCGCGAUACAAGGACAAGUUGACGGAACUUGCAGCCGGUUUUGCGCAGUGGAAGGCUGCUGUGUUGACUGCGCACGAGGACGGGGAGGCGCUGAAGCGGGCGCUGGACGGACUCGGCUGCAUGGUCGACGAGAUGCUCGCCCUCUUCAGGCACAAGGACAUCCUCAAGGCACACGCGCAGGCAUCACGCUUCAGACAAGCAAAGCCAAAGCUCGACAUUUGCAUCAGCGAGCCGAAGCAGUUUGUCAACGCCCUGGAGGAAUCAUGGGCAACGCUGCAAAGAGCUGCGAGCGGCGAUGAGGACACGCCUGUGCCCGAGGCGCUGCGUGCGCUCGUGCUCUGCUACGAGUCGUGUUAUUACGAGGUGCAGGAGUGUUUGUAUGUUGUGCAGAUUAAGCAGAACGAGCACACCGUCGACUUCCCAGAUCUCGUGCACAGACAAGACGUGAUCUUCAGCCAGGCACUGACGAUGCUGGUGACCGGGUUCGUGUCCAAGCUUGGUCAGCUCUAUCGCGACCCUGUGUUCACCAUGCAGCUCGCAGACGUCGGCUUUCUCUUCCACAUCACCUCUCUCCUCAGCACACAGGGCGACGAGGAAGACAUGCUCGAUGACACAUUUGAGGCGACCAAGGCUCUGGCCAACGUCAAGUUCACGCUGUCGCCCGUGAAAGGAAACAAGAUCGACCCGAUGGUGGAGGGAACGCGAAACAACAUCACCGUCAACAUUGGGGUGGCACCGCGGAUGCUGCGAGCGCUGCCUGAAGAGCUGCACCACGCCACCAUCGCCAUCCAUCCCGUCCUCUUCACACAGGGCGUCAACGAGAUGCAAACAGUGGCCAACAGUAUCGGCAACACUGACAUCCAGGACAAAAUCAACAAAUACAGCUUUGAAUCACUGGAACGGUACACGCAGUCGUAUCUCAAGUUCAUGCAACGGUCGUUCCCGUCCACGGCUGCCCCAACGCGCACGGCCAUCACCGAACAGCUCGAGCAGCUGCGGCAGGCAAUGCAAUCGAAGAAGCAGAAGAACAUUGAAAUCCUCUUUGAUUCCGAGAAGCUUGCGCGUCUCAUGCACGCUGGUCGCGCCACAAUGUGCAAGAGCGGCAAGGAUCGCUCGAGCAUGGCAGUGACGCUUGAGGCCGCGUUUCUCCUGCGCGACCGCCACGACCUGCCCGAAGACAAAAUCCCAAAGGUGUUGAGUCUGAUGCGCGCAAAGGGAACGAGAAAACAAAACGUCUUCAAGAACAUCAACGACUACAGAUAUGCGUUCAAUCGACUGCAAGUGAUGACGCUGCCCAAGUUACUUCGCCCGCCGGAGGGCACAUAUGGCGCAACGAUAGCGUGAUCACUGCCAUGUGUUGUGACAUGCUGUGUGUGAUGACGUGAUGGCGAACGACGAGCGAGAGCGUUGAACACUGCUGUACUGUGACUAUCAACGCUUUUUCGUGUGUGUGUGUGUGUGUGUGUGUGUGUGUGUGUGUGUGUGUGUGUGUGUGUGUGUGUCCCUUCCCCGCCUCAGGUUAGCUGCGCGCCCACCAAACAUACACAACUGUUCCUGUGGCACUGGCGUCUUUUUUUCGUGCGUCCGUAUGUUUCUGUAGCUGUUGGCUGUUAUUGAGGGCAGCGCGAGUCACGUGAAUGUGCGAUGACGCUUGGCGACCCUUUGCUUUUUGUUAUGUUUAGAGCUGCCUUGAUGCGUCCACUUGUUCACUGCCCAUGUCGCUUUGAAGGAUUUGAUGAAGUGUUGUGACUGAUGAAUAACAACGUGAAACGACCCAACA